AUGGCCAACGACAAGAAGAGCCACGGCCUGUACUGCCAGAAGUGCCGCACGCCCAUCGACGUGGAUGCCUCGAUUGACCAGCUCAACCCUGCAGCCUUCAAGCUCCUGACCGACUCGGCUGUCACGGCGCAGCAGCAAAGCCACAAGAACAACCCACCUCGCCAGUCCCGUCCUACGUACCCGUCCUCGAGACACCAGACCUACGAAACAGCGAUCCAGUCCGCAAGGAACCCUACCUUCAAGCGCAAUGUGCCGUCCUCGAGAUUUCAACAGGCCAGCCAGAACCCCGCCAUGUCGUUUGUCAACGUGCACAUGUCCGAGUCGAUGAUGGACCCACCAGACCAGCCACCAGCCUCGGUGCGCAGUCCUGACCAACAAACCCCGGCAGAAGCAACACAGACGCAACCUACCACGCCCGAAUUGUCGAGAAGAGCGAGCAUCACAGCAGCGUCGGGGACGGUAGGAGGAGCAAGCAUGGCAGAUGGCUUGGAGACAACACAGCGCAUGUUCGAGAUACUGUCGGCGCGCUCAGACAUCGACCACCCCAUAUGCAUCGAGUGCACUGAGCUCCUUGUAGAUGGUCUACAAAAACGACUGGGAGUGGCGACACGAGAACGCGACGCCUACGUGGACUACCUUCGCCGUGCCAACACGGAUGUCCCCAGUGCGGAGGAAGUCAAGGCAGCUGAUGCUGCCCUGAAAGCCGCAAAGAAAGCCGAGGCCACUGCCAUCGCCAAUCUGGAGAAGCUAGAGGCGGAAAAGGUGGAUUUGGACGCUCAGCUGGCUGCUCUUGAAGUGGAAGCUCGCCAGCUGGACCAGGAAGAGGAAGACUUCUGGAAAGACAGGAACGCCUUCAACUCUACCUUGACCGAGUUCCAGAACGAGCGCGAUGCCCUCACAGCGCGAUACGCCCACGACACGCAGAUACUUCACCAACUCCAACGUAGAAGUGUCUACAACGACACAUUCAACAUAACCCACGACAACCACUUUGCCACAAUCAACGGACUACGACUCGGUCGCCUUCCUUCUCCGUAUGUUGACUGGCCAGAAAUCAACGCUGCCUGGGGCCAAACCUGCCUUCUCCUCGCCACACUUGCUGAACGCCUAGGCUACAAGUUCCAGAACUACGAACUCUGCCCCAUGGGCUCCACAUCUACGAUAUUAAAACACGAAGUCAAGAAUGGUGCUUCCGUCGCUGACACUCGCGCCUCAACAGCUAGCUCUCCCAACGUUCAAAAGCAACGUCUGGAGCUGUACUCGUCCGGCGAUUUCCCUAUAAACUUCGGUUUCUUGCAUCGGAAGUUCGACACUGCCAUGGUUGCGUUCCUGGAAUGUUUGAGGCAACUGGGCGAGUUCGUGGAAAACCAAGGCGUUGAUGCAGGGAGCAGUCUGAGAGUGGGCAUGGGUGGACCAGGCGUCAAGAUGCCGUAUGAGAUACGCAAAGAUCGCAUUCACGACCAAAGCAUCAAGUUGGCGCUGAACAAGGAGGAGAGCUGGACAAAGGCAUGCAAGUAUACGCUGACAUGCUGCAAGUAUCUGCUUGCACAUGCGAACAACGUUGAAAGUAUGGCCGCGAGGAGGAGGUGA